GAUGAAUAUAUAUAUAUAUAUAUAUAUAUAUAUAUAUUAUGUGUUAAGUAUGUCCAAUUAUACAAAUAGAAGGCGGAGUGUACUAAAAUUAUUUUUUUGUUAAAAUCACUUAACUGUUGUAUUUAUUUUCUUACACUUUGAUUUUUGUACAGUUUUUUAAACUUAAAAAGUUUAAAUUUAAGUCACUAUUUGAGGAAGGUUUGAGAGCAACAACAGAUAAAGAAUAAUACAAAAAUCUUGAAGAACAAGAAGAAGAACAAAGAGAAGCUGAAGAUAGUGAGCAAGAGUGUUUUGUAGAGGAAGAAGCAGAAUAUCCAGAUACACCACUAGAGUCAGAUGAAGAAUGGGAACAAUGGGAUAACGAGAGAAGGGGUAAAGGGAGGAAAAAAGACACUCAUGGGAAAGCUAAGUAUCAUGGUAGUCUAGAUAAAGAGCCAUACAUUUGGUUAUUUCAGAAGUUUCACAGUGGAUUAGAAUUUAAGGACCAAUUGUUGCGUUACUCCUUGAAAACGCAAUAUGAUGUGAAGAUGGCAAAGUCAGAAGCAGACAGGAUUGCUGUAGUUUGUUGUGGUGAAAAGUGUAAGUUUAAGGUGUUUUGUUCUUAUGAGAAGCCUAUUAACAAGUGGAUGGUGAAGGUCUGUCACAUGAAUCACAACCACGGAAAAUCAAGUAGAGUUUCAAUGUUGAAACAAAGUGUGAUUGCAGGUUUGUUUAGAGAAGAGAUAAGAAGAAAUAUAAGCUUACAAGCAGCACAAAUAAAAGAUGCAAUAAAAGCAAGGUAUAACAUUGUUGUUCCUCUCUCAAAGUGUUACAGGGGUAGACGCAUUGCUUUGAACACCAUUCUUGAAGCUCAAACAACUCAGUUUGGUAAAUUGUGGGAUUAUGAGAAUGAACUACGCAAAAGACAUCCUCGUAUGAUAAUUGAUUUGUGCACUGUUAAUGUCAAUGAUAGAGAGAUGUUUGAUUGCUUCUACAUUUGCUUUGAAGAAUUCCGCAACACUUGGAAGACUUGUUGUAGACCGGUAAUUGGUUUAGACGGAUGUUUUUUAAAAUGGGAGUUAAAUGGUGAUUUGCUUGCUGCUGUAGGCAGAGAUGCAGAUAAUAGGAUGUAUCCAAUUGCAUGGGCAAUUGUCAGAGGUGAAAAUAAAGAUACUUGGGGUUGGUUUGUUAAAAAGCUGAAGAUAGACCUUGGCUUGGAGAAUGGGGACAAUUUGACCAUAAUUUCUGACAAGCAAAAAGUAUACCAUUCUAUCAUUUUUCUUUUGUACAUUAGUGUUUGCUAUUUUUUCAAUUGUUGAACUUUUCAGGGUUUAGUGCUUGCCAUAGAGGCUGAACUUCCAAAUGCAGAGCAUAGGAUGUGUGGAAGACAUAUAUAUGCUAAUUGGAAGAAACAAGGUUUCUCAAGGUCAGAAUACAAGAAUCUCUUUUGGGGAGUAGCUUAUAGCUACACUGAAGGAGAGUAUGAGGAGAAACUGGAUUUAGUCAAGGCAUAUGAUCCUUCAGCCUAUCAAGCGUUACUAGCAACAGAGCCGAAGAGGUGGUGUCGUGCCUUCUUUAGUGUUGAGUCACGUUGUCCUGAUGUGCACAACAAUUUGUCUGAGAGUUUUAAUAGGACAAUAAAGAUAGCAAGGGCUAAGCCAGUUAUUAACUUGCUGGAGGAUAUAAGAAGACAAGCGAUGAGAAGGAUUUCUAGAAGGUGUCUAAAGGCGGAGAAGUUGGAAACUCCUGUUACACCAAUCACAAUGGCCUUAUUAGAGAAAGCAAGGUUGGCAAAACAGUAUUGUGAUACACUACGUAGUAGCAAGACUUCAUAUGAGGUAAAUGAGUUUGAUAAUGGAUACAUUGUGAAUUUGGCUACUCAUGAAUGUGCAUGUAGAAGAUGGGAUCUCACAGGAAUACCAUGUAGACAUGCCGUAUGUGUUCUAGAUGAUAACCAAGAUGAUCCAGUACGGUAUGUGGCUAAUUAUUACUUCACGUCAGUUUUUAAGAAGACAUAUGAAGAGAACAUCAAACCUGUCAAUGGUGAGAAGCUGUGGAGUAGGACAAAUAAGCCUCCAAUAGGGAUACCUGAGAUGAGAAAACCAAGAGGGAGACCAAAAAACAGAGACAGACGAAAAGAACCUUUUGAAGACCUACAAAAUUCAGGGAAAUCAACAAGACAUGGCAGGAUUCCACAUUGCAGCCUAUGUGGUCAAGCUGGGCAUAACAAGAGUAGUUGCAAGAAUGAACCAAUUGUUGUGGAGGGUCCAAAGAACAAACGUGGGAGACCAAAGAAGCUUAUAGAUGAGAGUCAUCCCAAGGCACCCCCAAAGCCAAGAAAAAGAAGAAAUACUCUUUUAGCCGAAAGUAGUUCUCAGUCUAUACAAGCUGGUGAAUCAAGCUCACAAACUCCAGUUGCUUAUAGUGCUCCUCAGCCUUCAAUCUCAUCAAAUCAAGUGCAGCCACAUGUGAAGAAAGCUAGAAGAGGGAGACCAUUGAAGAUUAGAAAAACUGGUAAAAUUCCACAAGGUGUUGGAACAUUUUGGAGUCCAUUCACGGAUCGACCUUUUGAGGUGUUUGGAGACCGAGUUUAUGAUAGGUCUAACCUAAACCCAAAACCUCAAGAAGAACGUAACACAGAAUCUGAGCAAUAGGCACCAUGUUUUAGUGACCAGUAACUACCUUAUUCACUCUCUAUUAUGACUAUGGUUACUUUUACUUAUAUAGAGAUUUUGUUUGCUUUUGAAUUCAUGUAUGACAAUUUGACAUUAUCAUCUAUCUAUAUUUUUGGAUU